AUGACAAGAACAUGUGGUGCAUCUUUUAGUUCUCGAGAUGACCCUAUAGCUGAGGAGCGAGCCUUUGAGGAGCAGACAUAUGAGGCGUAUGAGACUCAUGGUCAGGAGGAUGCAUUUGAGGCCCCUGACGACGACGAUGAGGAGGAGGAGCAUGCGGAUGUUCGUUGCAUACAAGAGGAUGUCGAUAGAUUUCCUGGAGGUCCACGUGAUGGUUCAUUGCUAACGCACUAUGUUCAGCAUGUAGCUUAUGCUAUUUCACAAGGCCGAGAUCGAGGGGACAUACUGAAGUUGAUCUCCCACGGAAAAAAAGUAAAUAAGUUAGGACCAUGCCACAAGGGAAUUCAACACAUUGUGUUGAAUUCCAAUUUGAUGCGUCUCACAGAGAUUUGUUAUGAUUAUGUUGAUAAGGGAUUACUCCUCGGAUUCAUAGAGAGGUGGCAUUUCGAGAGCAGUAGUUUCCAUCUCCCUAUAGGGGAGAUGUCAGUUACUCUUGAUGACGUCUCGACAUCACUUCACCAGCCUGUGAUGGGACAAAUGUGUGAUUUGGAGGAGUUGGACUUUGAGGAGGCUCAUACAGCCCUUGUGCAGCUCCUCGGUGUUGAUGGUGGCACAACUAAUGCUAAGAUGAAGGACGCACGUGGUCCGAAAGUCACAACAUUGAGACUAUGCUGUCAUAGCAUAUUUGUUGCACUAGUAGGAUACAUGAUUUUUGCAAAUAAGAGUGUCAGUUUUAUAUGUGUGUCUUACUUAUUGUUAUUUAGAGACGUACACGCGUGUGGCAGAUAUGCCUGGGGCGUUGCUGCACUCGCCCAUUUGACUCUAUUUCAGAGUUGGAUAUACGAACAUUUCCCUGGCAUGGGGAGGAGGCGGUUGGUGACUUCUUACGAUGAUACCACACCACGUGCCAUGAGGUGCCAGAGCCCUAGUCAGAGUUCCACUCUCGCGGAGAUUCGGUCACAGUUAGAUGCGCUGACAUAUAGUGGAGUUGUAUGGCAUCCGUAUGAGGGGCAUCAGGGCAUUUGGCCAUUCUUCGGCAUCUGUAUGUUUUCUGGAUGGAUUCGGAUUGGUGAAAUCCUUUGCCGUCAUUUGCCUGAGCGUGUGCUGAGGCAAUUUGGGUUUCAGCAAGACAUUCCACGAUCACCCACUGCGGUUCCAAAUGCAGAUAUAAUGACCAUUGAUCAUGUUUGGUUGCACUUUAGAGCUCAGGUUGUGAGUAAUGUCAGACAUGCAGCAUCCCCUUCUGAUAGUGUCAAUGGGUACAUUCAGUGGUUCAGGAGGGUUUCGUAUCCUUAUAUUAUUGUUGUUACAAAUGACGCGCGACCGGCUCUUGUGCCUAGACAGCGCCCCAAUGUUCCCAUCGUAGACCGUCUCCACCUUCACCAUCUGGCUAGAUUUAGGCCAAUGACGAGAAUGCUACAGUUCUUAAUAUCGUGUCGUCAUGUGACUGAGGGUACUGUUUCACAUCAGGUGUCAGUGGACCUGCUUCAGAUUGCUAAUGAGGGCAUCAACGAAUAUUCCUCGACUAGGAGAGGGCAGAGGCAUGUGCGUGGUAGACGGUCGACGUCUAAUUGA